CUGGUUGCUGAACUUUUUUUCUCCCGCCAAUUGUCUUACUCUGUCUGUUCCUUUGCGAACUCUUUCGACUGUCCAGUGCCGCGCCGCUUUUGCCUUGACGGGGUGCGACUGCUUCAAGGGCUUGGAAGAUCCUUGGAUUCCCCGCAAGGCAUAUCAAGAUGAAGUUCGGUAAACAGAUCCAGCGCAGACAGCUCGACCUUCCCGAAUAUGCCGCCAGUUUCGUCAACUAUAAAGCUUUGAAAAAGCUCAUCAAACAACUGAGUGCGACGCCCACAAUCCCCGCCCAGAGCGGUACAGCUGCUGCCCCGCAUGUACCCGAAUCGCAAGCCGCGCUUCGCGCGAACAAGGAGGUGUUCUUCUUCCGACUGGAACGAGAAAUCGAAAAAGUCAAUGCGUUCUACUUGCAGAAGGAAGCCGAGUUCUCACUGCGGUUAAAAACAUUGCUCGACAAGAAGCGCGUUAUCCAGUCGCGGACGGCGGCGAAAUCAAAGGCCCCGGCAAGCCUCGUCACCCUAUUCGAGGGAUUCCAACAGUUCGAUGGAGACUUGAAUAAGUUGCAGCAAUUCGUUGAAAUCAAUGAGACUGCCAUGUCCAAGAUCCUCAAGAAGUGGGAUAAAACUUCAAAGUCUCGCAUGAAAGAGCUGUAUCUUCACCGCGCCGUUGAAGUGCAACCGUGUUUCAAUCGAGAUGUCUUACGUGACCUCUCUGACCGGGCGACAACAGCUCGCCUAGAGCUGGAGGCUGGAGCGGAGGGCGAAAGCAUACAGUUCGAUGUGACCCGGCCAGUGGACCGAACUAUGGCUACCUCUUUCGGGCCCGACGAAGAAGACCUCGAUCUCCAGAUCCUGCAGUCGGCUACCGCGGGAAAUCUCCAGACGCUACGUGAAUGGACCGCCAAGUUGCAGUCUACCGCGGAUGCUCGGGAUCGUGCGACGCGUACUUUCCUUGCUGCGAUUAACGAAUUUUCGGAUGAGGUGCUUGCAGUGCUUGUGGAGAGCGGAUUGGUUGACUUGUUUGCCGAAGACGAUAUCAAUGAGCGCAAUUGCCUACACGAGGCCGCUAUAUCGGGGCGCAAUUUCGUAUUCCAGGCAGGGCUCAAGGCAGGUGUUGACAUCUCCAGUUCCGAUGUAUAUGGCAGGAUUCCUCUCCAUUAUGCUUGCAUGCACGGCCGGGUGGAGAUGGUCCGGGAUCUCCUGGCCGCAGGCCCUCAGACUGUGGACGUCAUGGACCACGACAACUUUACCCCACUGAUACAUAGCAUCGUCAAGAACCAACUCGCCUGUGCCGAGCAACUUCUUUGCAGUAAUGCUCGGAUCGACCCAACCUCUGAAUCAGAUCAUAUCCCACUCAACCUGGCAUGCCAACAUGGCUCACUCCCAAUCGUGCGGAUGCUCCUCGAGCGCCAUGCCAAAUUGCUCCCGGACGCCGAGGGCCUCUAUCCUCAACAUAUGGUUGCGCGUGCGUCACAGUCGCCAGAUUUGCUGAUGAUGCUGAAGCACCACGGGGCGAAUAUGAAUCAACGGGACAAGCUGUACCAAUGGACGCCGCUCUUCCAUGCCGCCAGCGAGGGGUGCGUCGAUUGUCUACGGACCCUGUUGGAGCUCGGUGUCGACGCCGACGCCGUGGAUGAGAAAGGCCUUGCUGCGAUGUAUUACGCAGCUUGGGAAGGCCAUUUGGAAUGCAUGCUCCUACUUUGGUCCAAUCGAGCUCAUUCGCAAGCCCCGCGGAAGCCGUUUGAUACGUUAAAUGGGUUGAGCCUUCAGGAGAGCCUGUCCUCGGACCCGUACUCCAAUGAUGCAGCAUCGCCUGACGAUAUGGAGACGGCCGACGGGAUCCCGGAUUUGUCUUUGCCACCUCCCAUCAUACCGCUACGGCGCUAUGGUCACAACUUCUUGGACAAGAGAGUGUUUGUCCAGAUAAUCUUCGACUCUGGCAGCGCGGGUUCGAUAUCCUUCGAUCAAGCUGGCCGGCAUCCCGCUGCCCGAUUGACCAUAUCUUCCAAACUUUCCGACUUGAUUCCGCGGACCAUCAUGCUUCCGAUUCAAGAAGACUCGCGGGUGAUUUCUUUCCAAGUGGACAACUUGGAGACCUUUGCCGUGGAUUUCGAAAUAUUUCCCACGUUCGGCUCCAAGGUGAUUGCUAAGUCUGUUGCGUUGCCGACAGUGUUCAAGGCCGAGAACUCGAGCACAGGGUCAUGUACGCUACCCCUUUUUGACCCCCGGCUCCGGUCAAUUGGUCAGCUCCAAUUCCGGUUACAGGUCAUCAAGCCGUAUCAUGGUGAGCCUUUGGAGAUCACGCAUUUUGCAACCUACUGGAAAGCGACCAGCGCCAUUGACUCUGACCAUAAUGGCCUUGUCACUGGAUCCAGUCUCUCGGGAGAUCACGUCCAGCUCUUUGUGCAGCUCACUAGGGACAUGGUUCCUGUCCUAUGCCCGCGGUUUACAAUUGAUCACCAUGGCGUUGAGAUACCCAUCUGCCAUCUGACAUACAGUCAGUUCCGGGCUAUGGGCGUCGAGAGGGGAGCAGAUAUGGCACAGCUGCUGGACUUCCUACAACAUCAUGGACUCGAUGACCUGUCGCAAACACACCGCCGACUGGCUGCUUCCUUCGUCUCCUUACGCGAUGUGUUCCAGCAUCUGCCGAUCGAACUCAACGUCAACCUUACUAUCCUCUAUCCAUCUUCCGCGGAGGAACGCGCCCUGAACAUGACUUCUCUGGCCGAUGUUAACAGUUUCGCCGACGCCAUUCUUACUGAUGUCUUCGAUCACGCCCGUGUCGCACGUGACCAAAACCCUGACUUCAUGCGCUCUAUUGUUUUCACGUCUUAUAACCCUAAUAUUUGCAUUGCUUUGAACUGGAAGCAGCCCAAUUACCCUAUCCUUCUAUGCAACGAUCUCGGUCAGAUUCGAGACCUGGCCCGUGACGUCGGCACAGUACCAGAUGUUGAUAGCAGCGGCCGAGCCUCAAUGUCUAUCAAGGAAUCGGCACGCAUAGCCCAGGGAAACAACUUCAUGGGAUUGAUAUGCCGUUCGAGCCUUUUGAAUGUUGUACCGGCCCUUGUUGAGACGAUUAAAGAGCUCGGCCUCGUACUUGUGGCUGAUACGUCGGACGAGGCCAAUCACUCGGAGUCAGAAAUGAACACAUCCUCGGGUACGAUGGGCAUGGCUGAAUGGGCUUAUCAGAUGCCUGAAGGUGUGAAUGGAAUCAUGAAAGCCAAUGGUAUCCUGCGGUUCAAUGAUACGAUUGAUAUGUAAGCCAUGCGCUUUACAUGGUCCUGGGCCCUCUUUAGGCUGCAAUGCCAUCGCCAUUGAUUGCCUAUCUAUCAAGCUAUCAUCCAUCUGUCUAUAUAUAUAUUUGAAAUGAUAACCAUCAAGCCAGCUAGUGUAUUAUUUGCAGACAUCAAGUCUCCUGUUAUCGAGUUCAUGCAACCCAUGUGAAAGAAUGGGACACUUCAGAACAUACAAACCGGGAGUUCCCAGUGCCUCUUGAA